AUGGGUCGGGGAAUAGCAGAGGAAGCGCUAGUCCUUCUUCGUAAAAGACUAAGUGAUCUCAAUUUCAUCUUCUCCCUCUUCUCCUAUUGUCCCGACAGCAACUACAGUUAUGCUCUACCUUCGGGCAAGGCUAAAGAUGUAGCACAGGAUACUUUGGUCAUUUGGUGCUCUCUUGCUUACAGAUUGGGCUAUUGGGCUUUAAAAGCUGAACUUGAAGACCUCUGUUUUGCUGUUCUUCAGCCUCAGAUCUUCCAGGAAAUGCGAUCUGACCUGGCCUCCUUGUGGACACCCAGCAGCAGCAGUAGCAGGGUAGGCAACCUGAGAAGACUAUCAGCCAAAAGUAGCUCAAAUCCUGAGUAUGAAGCAUCAACAGAAGAUGUCGUAGUCAGCAUGAAGGAUCUUUUGCAGGCUGUUAUUCCAUUUGAUCUCCUGCUUGAUCGAAUAAAACGUAUUAAAUAUAUUCAAGAUCUAGGGUCAUGCUCAGAGGUCCAAACAAAACCAAAAGUUGUGAGGGAUGCUGGGAUUGCCCUAGCAUCUCUGGUUGUUUGUGAGGAAGAACUAGAACACGAGUUGUUUAUAUCAACCUCCUAUGUUCCUGGAAUGGAGGUAACCUUAUCUAGCCGCCUUAAAAGUUUGUACAACAUCUAUAGUAAGAUGAAUCGUAAAGAUGUGAGCAUUGAUAAAGUAUAUGAUGCACGUGCACUGAGAGUAAUUGUUGGAGAUAAAAGUGGAACUUUACAUGGACAAACUGUCGAGCUUUGGACACCAAUUGAUUGCGAGUUUGACGAUUACAUUGUCAAUCCAAAGUCAGGUGGAUAUCAGGCAUUAGCUGCACACUCUUCUGUGGCUGUUGGGAUGAAAGGUGCUACCAAGGCAAUGGCAGCAAUGAAUAAGUCCUCCUUGCAGAUUUCUGUAAACCCUAGAGGAAUUCUGUCACCACUUCCUUCACAAUCCUUCUACGAUUUCCAAAAUCGUUAUCCUUCUGAUUCAAAAGACACUGACAUGGAUCUUCCAAGUCUAGCUAUAGGUAUAUGUUUUUCUUAA